GAUGUUGGCUGGCGUUGGUGGAGGAGUAGGUGGCAGCUUGUAAGGAGAACAGCAAGGAGUCACCUGGUGCUGCCACCACCUGCCCUCUAGUGCUGCCAUCACCUGCCCUCUAGUGCUGCCAUCAUGACUACAAGAGCCGCUAGUGUGUGUCUUAAGGUGAUAGAGGAGUUCUUGUAGUGACCGACACUAGCACCAUCAUGACCACAAGAGCCUCUCGUGUCUAAGGUGAUACAAGAGUACUUGUAGUGACUGGACCAAUGGGAAAGCCAAGACGGAAGCAUAUUAAAGAUGUCGUUCAGUCACACUGGGACGACAGGUCACACUCCAAGUGACCUGUCGUCCAUCUUAAGGAGGGUGAAGGCGACCCUCCACGACACCCGCCUCCAGGCGCAGCACCUCCCAUCACUCCCAGCACGUGAUGAGAGCGACUCGAGCUACAGGGACGCGAGUCUGGACGACCUGAAGGAGGCCUUUGGGGCCUGCCAGACGAUAGAAUGGAAAGAACAAGAGUAUCGCUACAUCAGGUCUAAAGUGAUUGGGCACAGGAGACGGGAUAUGGUCCACGGAUGUCGUCCCCCGGCAGUGCACAAGCUGUUGCGGUCUGUGUCCACACCGGAAGCUCCGCAGGUGGAAAGCCGAAGCUACAAGACAUUCCUGCGGCAUCGUCGGGAAUCUUUAGCACUGGGGACGCAGUCUGCGGCCGCCUGCGGCUGCGGCAAGCCUCAGAGAACAGCUGCGGAUAGGGAUGACUUGUGUGAGUUUUCCGGUGAGGUUUGCGACAAAAUUUUGUUGUACGUCAAGUCUAACGCCUGGGCCUCCCGCGAGUCUCUGCUGUCGGCGACGUCGCGCAGCUUGGCGUCUAGUGACGACCUCGACGACCCCAGCGUCGCUGUCGACGCCCGUGACCACAUCGUCGCUGUCGACGCCCGUGACCCCAGCGUCGCUGUCGACGCCCGUGACCCCAGCGUCGCUGUCGACGCCCGUGACCCCAGCGUCGAUGUCGACGUCGGUGACCCCAGCGUCGAUGUCGACGUCGGUGGCCCCAGCGUCGCUGUCGACGCCGACAACCCCAGCGUAGCUGUCGACGCCGACAACCCCAGCGUCGCUGUCGACGCCGACAACCCCAACGUCGCUGUCGACAACAACCCCAGCCUCACUGUCGGCGCCUGUGACCCCAGCGUGUCUAACAUUGUGGACGCCUGUCACCCCGGGGCGUCGACACCCGUCACGGCAGCCGUCACCAGUAUCCUCGACAACAUCCCCCACAUCGACUCAGACGACGACGACGACGACUGUCAAGGAGACUGUGUCGUCGCCUCUGAAGUUCCCAGCACUAACAACGUCGUUCAAGUUGUCGAGAAAUUCUCCCCUGAAUUACCUCCACUUUGUGAACCUGAGGACGACCUAUGUGAGGACGACCAGUGUGAGGACGACCACCAGGUGGCUCAGGCACAACCAGCUGUCGUCCUCAACCAAACUCAACACAACGAAGGCGGGUAUAAGGGCGUGGAGGCGCCCGGUCUGGACCCAAGUUACGCCCAUGGUCAGCUGUCCUGCCACGCCCACUCCUCAAGCCACGCCCACUCAUCCUGCCACGCCCACGACGCUUUCUUUGACGUAUCUGGCUACGCCCACAGGCAGUUUUCCUGGCAGACACGCUGUCAUUCAUCGACCCAGUCCCACACCCAGCCAGCCAGCCACGCCCACACCCAGCCAGCCAGCCACGCCCACACCCAGCCACCCAGCCACGCCCACAGUCAGGUGUCCAGCCACGCCCACACCCACGUGAUUAACGAUGAACCAAGUCAGGUGUGUGAGGACGACAACCACACCUCCAUGAACGAGGCGACAGUGGCUAUUACAGGUGGCUUCAGCAGAGACGGUUGGGCAGUAGCAGAGGUGGUGAUGGGCGGGUCUGGGGCGAUGGGGGCGUGGCUAGGCCAGUGUUGUGACCCCGCCCACCCACACGCCCUGCCACGCCUACCCCACACGCCCCUACUGCUGCUCCUCCACGCCCGUGCUCUCCACGCCUCCCCGCUCCUCCUCCACGCCCUCAAGGAGCGGGUGUGGGGUUCAGGUGUACACGUGUGUGUCGUGAAGCCAACACCAACAGCUCGUUCUAUCAGGCGCCUCAUCACCAACAAUGACCUCCAGGUGGAGUUGGUGAGUGAGGAGCAGCUACACGAGAGAGUGCCAGAGGACCAGUUGACGCCUCAGUUUGGUGGCACCUUACAGCUGGACCACCACGCCUGGUCCGUCUUCUGCAAGAUCCGGGUGGAAGUGUUGGACCAAGUCAGACGGGGUGCGACAAUGUUGGAGACUUGUGUCUCUCUGUCUCCCUCUCCCUCACUGUCUCCCCCACACUCCCUGGCCCCCUCCACCACCACGGAGGUCCAGGAGAUGCACCACUGCGUCGCUAGUGCCAAGUCCAGCUUACGGCACAUGGAGAAAUGGUGCCAAAGGCUUCACAAUCAUUCUUUAGUUAGGUGUUGGAUGAGUGAGUGUGAGGAGCUGGUGAAGACGCUGGAGGCCGUCUCCAGUCUGGCGAUGGAUCACCGAGCCUCCAGACUCUCCCUCCUCCACCAGGAAGCCAACUCGGUAAGUACACUAUGCACUUUUAAGUUUUUCCUGUUCGGACGCCCGCUUAUUCGAACGCCCGGUUAUUCGAACCCCCGGUUAUUCGAACCCCCGGUUAUUCGAUCCCCCGGUUAUUCGAUCCCCCGGUUAUUCGAUCCCCCGGUUAUUUGGACGCCCGGUUAUUUGGACGCCCGGUUAUUGGGACGCCCGGUUAUUGGGACGCCUGGUUAUGCGGACGCCCGGUUAUGCGGACGCCCGGUUAUUGGGACACCCGGUUAUUGGGACGCCCGGUUAUGCGGACACCCGGUUAUUGGGACUCCCGGUUAUUUGGACGCCCGGUUAUUUGGACGCCCGGUUAUUUGGACGCCCGGUUAUUUGGACGCCCGGUUAUUGGGACGCCCGGUUAUUGGGACGCCCGGUUAUUUGGACGCCCGGUUAUUUGGACGCCCGGUUAUUGGGACGCCCGGUUAUUGGGACGCCCGGUUAUUGGGACGCCCAGUUAUUCGGACACCAGUUAUUCGGACACCCAGUUAUUCGAAACACCCGCUUAUUGGGACGCCGGUUAUUUGGACGCCCGGUUAUUGGACGCCCGGUUAUUUGGACGCCCGGUUAUUGGGACGCCCGGUUAUUGGGACGCCCGGUUAUUGGGACGCCCAGUUAUUCGGACACCCAGUUAUUCGGACACCCAGUUAUUCGAACACCCGCUUAUUGGGACGCCCGCUUAUUCGGACGCCCGCUAAUUCGGACGCCCGCUUAUUCGUACGCCCGCCUAUUCGUACGCCCGCCUAUUCGGACGCCCGCCUAUUCGGACGCCCGCCUAUUCGGACGCCCGCCCGCCUAUUCGGACGCCCGCCCGCCUAUUCGGAUGCCCGCCCGCCUCUUCGGACGCCCGCCUCUUCAGACGCCCGCUUAUUCGAACACCUUAUUCGAACACCUGGUCACCCGUCAUCUCACUUUCCUACCAUAUCCCAGUCAGUAGCCUUAAUAAGGAAACUGUGUAAUAUUAACACGAACUUUUCUCUGUUUCAGCGCCACCUGGAGAAGGGCGGGGCGCUGCUGGAGGAGGCGGCGACGGUUGGGGAGACGGAGGCCAGCGUGAAGGAGCUGGCGAGAGCUUUACAUCUUCACCUGACGCAGUUCACAGACCGUCUUCAUCAUACUAGAGACCGUCUUGAAGAUACAGCUAGGUGCUACCAUCUCCUGGAUAAGGCGUAUGAGUGGGCGCUGGAGGCGAUGAAGGUGGUGGGUCGCGUGAAGGGCGAGGGCCUGGCGUCCCCCGAGCAGGUGGGUGCUGCAGGCCGCACCCUCACAGCAUACCUGGAGCAGCACCCACCCAUACCUGACGACACCUUCACCGCCAUGACCACCCUCGCUACACGACUCAACAAUCACACACUCCUCCAGCAGUGUAAGAUGGCUCAGGUUCGAUGUCAAGAAACAAAUGAACUUCUUCGUAACCGGCAAGCAGCACUUUAUAAAGCCAAGCGACAGAUGGAAUUCGAUUGCCAGAGCUUCGUGGACUUGGGCGAGGUGUUUGGAGGAGGAGGAGGAGGAGAGGAGAUGUCGCCCUUAGCCUGGCUGGCGUGCUCACCUCUCAAUGUGUCAGGUCGACGAAGAUCUGUGUCAUCGUUGGGGUCACGUCCUCGCGACUCUCUGUCACGGUGUCCAUCACUCGACACGGACGACGACUCGGUGUUCUUGGACCCACCGCCACCUCCAGCACCUGCCAAGACCCCGCUGGAGCCUCGUACUAGCCUGGGUGGCAUUAAGGAGGUUCGCGAGAGUGCUGAAGACCUCGAGCAGCCGUCAACCCCAGGCAAUACUAAAUUAACUUCACCUUCAGGGACCACAACCUCGUCAUCUGGGUCCAGUGGCAGGUGUGGAAGCAGUUCCUGCUCCUCCAGCGAGAGUUCUGGACCUGUCAGCAUAAACAAAAAAUUCAUGAAGAGAGCCAAUACUUGGCAGUAUGGUCUCAUACCCAAAGGACACACCGAUGACAAUACUGGGAUGGAUGAUGGAGUACCCCUUUCACCCACAAGCCACAAGAGUAUACCUCCAUCCUCUGCUGUCAAUUCUCAUUUACUGAUCCGUGGCUCGCAACUCAACCUGUCAAUCAACAUGGAUGACUUGUCACAAGAAGAAGUUAAAAAGAGCAAAACUCUUUUGCUGACCAUGAGGGAACUGAUUCAGACAGAAAGGGAUUAUGUUAAUUCACUUGAAUAUAUUAUUGAGAAUUACAUUCCGGAGCUGAUGAGAGAAGAUAUACCUCAAGCUCUCAGGGGCCAGCGUAAUGUUGUCUUCGGCAAUAUUGAGAAAAUCUAUGAAUUUCAUUCUGGUUACUUCCUACGAGCCCUUGAAGCCUGUGAGAUGCGACCUUUCGCAGUGGGCUCAAUAUUCCUGAGAUAUGAAAGUCAGUUUUACUUGUAUGCGCUCUACAACAAGAACAAACCAAAAUCAGAUUCUUUAAUGUCUGAAUAUGGAUCAGCAUUCUUUCGGAAAAAGCAGCUAGAGUUGGAGGACCGAAUGGACCUUGCUUCGUACUUGUUGAAACCUGUACAGCGCAUGGGGAAAUAUGCUCUUAUUCUUAAACAGUUACUGAAGGAAUGUGGUCGUGGAGAGGAGAAUUAUGAUGAAAUCCAGGGUGCUCAAGAGAUGGUGCAAUUUCAACUGCGUCACGGCAAUGAUCUCCUUGCCAUGGAUUCCUUGAGGGAUUGUGAUGUGAACCUGAAGGAACAAGGGAGAUUGUUGAGGCAAGGAGAGUUUGUGGUGUGGGAGGGAAGCAGAGCCAAGAAGUCUGUUAGACAUGUUUUCUUAUUUGAAGAUUUAAUCCUCUUCAGCAAGGCAAGACGAGAUCCAGAAAAGAAGGCACUAGAUAUAUUUCAGUACAAGCAUAGCAUGAAAAUGACCGACAUUGGUUUGACAGAACAAGUUAGCGUUAGCACUACUAAAUUUGAAAUUUGGUUCCGCAAGCGAAAGCCAUCGGACACUUAUCUUUUCCAAGCUCCCAGUGCAGAGAUGAAAGAGGCGUGGACAGAGGAAAUAUCCAAAUUACUGUGGCGCCAAGCACUUCGUAACAGAACUAUGAGACUGCACGAGAUGUCAUCUAUGGGUAUAGGUAACAAGCCAUGUCUGGAUAUACGGCCAAGUGAAGAUCAGAUCAGUGACAGAUCCAUUAGCAUUAACCAGCUAAAUAAAGCACCUCGUCUUCGAACUGGUUCAACAUCCGCUAUUGGUGACUUGAACGGUGGAGUGGGGAAAAGACCUCACUCUAUAAUUUCUGUUAGUUCCUCGUCGGCAUCCUCAUCAGCCUCGUCGGCAUCUUCGUCACAUUCGUCAACUGUUUGUCCAACUUAUGUUGGAGCGCUUAACCUGGGUUUUGAAGCAGGGAACUCCCCGCGACCCCUUCAUCGUUCAGUGACACGUACCAGCCAAUGUUCUGCAGAAAGUGGUAUUCUUGCCGACAUGUACUCUGGCGGUGACGACGACGCUCAGUCCCAUCGAAGAGUCGAGAGGUCAAAUUCCACAGUGACAACGGUCUCUGUUGAUUCUGCUCUGUCACCGGUCUCAUCGUGCUCACCAGUCUUCCCUGUAGCACCCACUUCACCCUCCCUCAUCAUGGUCUCCCCUACAAGACCUACGGAUGUCAUAUAUGAAACACAAUCUGUCACACCUACUGUAAAGGACUCUUCAGCAAAAAUGCUUCUCACUACUGAGCAUCGUGGAGAGUCAGCACCACCACAACAACCCAUCCACAGCAGUAUCUCCAACGCAUCCUAGACUAGGUGUAAAAUAUGCUGUCGUUUAGUGAGAGGAACCCACAGCCUGGCUGAGAGGGCAUGCUGACCAAGUCGUUAGGAUUAUUCUGUAUUUAUUGAUAGUUCAUAUGUACAAAGAUUAUAGCCGUUAUAUAAAUUGUAUCUUGUAAAUAGCUUUGCAAUAUACUGUGUUAAAUAUAUUUUAAGCACCAAUAUGUCAUGGCAAGACCCACCAAUGCUUGAUUUGUUAAAAUCAGCUUUUGUAUGUAGAGUAGUGAUGCCAAAUAACGUUUAUUACCACACAACCCUGACGUGAACACCCGAUGUGACCAUUUUCUUCUCCAAGCCAAGUCGUCAUCUACCUGCUCACGAUGCCACUAGGUCAUGCUUUUGACCUAAAAGUUAUAUUUUACAUUUCACAUCUUGAAGUCUAAUAUUUCAGUCUUCCAUGUAGCAUCAUGUAGUGUGAUGUAGUAAACAUUUUUGGACAGUUCUUGUGGAAAAGUUGUAUAGAAUUUUGAGACAUCACAAUUCAUUACGUGAAUUGCUGUGUUGUCGGACUGUAGUAAAUAAUGAUGCUACACUGCUAGUUUAGACUUCACCAACUCUCCACACAUGCAUACUUUAAUACACAGUGAAAGUCACAAUAACACGAUGAAUCUAUGAAUAAAUAUUAAGGCUGUGCAUGGGUUUGAGUCUGUCGUACACCUCAAUACGUAUUUAUCCAUAUUUGAAUGUGUUAAGUGAACACUUUUAAUACUUUGUAUCUGGCAGUCUGAGCAGAAGUGAUGUGCAAGGUCUUCACUUUCCUCUUCCCAACCACUUGGGCUGGACGGUAGAGCAACGGUCUCGCGUCAUGCAGGCCUUCAUUCAAUUCCCCAACCAUCCAAGUGGUUGGGCACCAUUCCUUCCCGUCCCAUCCCAGAUCCUUAUCCUGACCUCUUCCAAGUGCUGUGUAGUCGUAAUGACGUGGCACUUUCCCCUGAUAGUUCUCUUCCCAGAAAAAUCUGUCCUUUUAGUCUACUAGCACACGAUAUUUGCCAAAAAAUUUGUUACAAUUUUGUGAAAUAAUCAUUGUAAAUAAAAUGUCAACAGCAUAAUAGUCAAGAGGAAUUAAGUAAAUAUUGUAAAGGAGCAAUUCCUAUAGCUAAUUUAUAUUGUUAUUGGAACAGCUUGAGAAUAUACAAAUGUACGCAUAGAAUAAGCCACAAUAAAGUGGCUGAAAAUUAAUACCCAAGGCCCACAUACGAAAAGAUGGAAAGUGAUGACAUUUUGGUCUGAAAUGGAUUCAUAUUCUCUCUUCCUUGACAACUC